CACCCUCUCUGGUUCUUUACCCGUUCUAAUUUCUCUUGUGCCAAAAAUUUCCAAAAGAAGAAAAUAUGGCGAAUUCCGGCGAUCCAGAUCUCAGAAUCUAUGAAGAAACUGUCACUCCUCUUCUUUCUUCUUCAUUAGCCCAAUUUACUUUUGAAGAUUUUCCUGAAGACGUUCAGCUCUGCAUCCUCUCCUUUUUGACAUCCCCGGAGAUCUCCUCUUUUGCCUGCACUUCUAAACGAUUCCAAUUUCUCUGCCGAAGUGACGGCAUGCUCUGGUUUUCCAUGUGCGACAGGAGAUGGGGCUCCAAGACCCACAUCACCAAAUGGGGAAACGGUAGAAUCGGAUUUAAGCUGCUUUACAAGACCCUCUGCCAGUGGGAGAACUUGAUCGGAUUCUGGCGUCGGAUUGGACAGCCAAGCACCAUCGGCGACUCCACGCCUCCGCUUGUCUUCUUCCAAUGGGGUCCCUCCUUCCUCACCGCUUACAGGGUUUCUCCCUCCAAAACCGGUACUUACCAGGUCGUUAAGACACCCUUUCUGUGGAUGGGGCUGUCGCCGACUGGCCAGCCCUUGAUUUUUCUGGACCAUGAGUGCCGCUUCGAGUCAUCGGGAGAUUUCGUCAGGGCAGCCCAAUCGGGUGUUCCCGGUGCGGAUUUGAUUCCUGUGGACGUCAGCUUCGUGGGUAAGAGCCAUUUUGUUUUGGAGGAAAACCUGGGCUUUGUUUCCGAAGGAUCAUUACUAAGGAAGAUGGGGUACCGGUGUAGCUCCACCGCUAACAUUGGUAGUACCACCUUGUCCACUACUGGUACGUGGGGAGGUCCGGGAGGAGAUGACUCAGACGACGUCAACGUGAUUGGUUUGGAGAAUACAUCUCCAUCGCACUCUCCAAUGAGUGGAAGCCCCCCGGACGACUGUUUGAUGUCGGAGAUUUAUCAGUCCUUGGCCAACCGAACUAGCCCCGGUAGUGGGGAUAGAUCCUCUAGAAGACAGAGGAAGAAGGGCAAGGAACGGCAGGGAAGGCGGAAAUGGGAACCUGAGCAUUUCGUGAAGAUCGUCAACUGCAACCCCACGCCGUCACGUCCUUUGCAGGGCCUCUGGAAGGGUUUCUGUGAUGACUUGAGCUUGGACUUUUACCUCGUGGCUUAUGAUGACAUUGGGGGAAUUGCUUGCCGUAAGAUUGGGGAUGCAUCAGAACUUUCAUCUGGAUAUUCUCCAGUUUUCUGGACAUCAAACAUGACUUUUAUCGACUUCCCAUUCUCCACUGAAGAAGAAGAGUUAUAUGAAGGCCGUGUACAUCUCAGGCCCUCUGAUGCAGAUGCAGCUAAUCACAUUCAUGGGUGCCUCAUGGAAAACGAUGUGGUUUCACGCAUACUCAGCAUUAACUCAAGUUAUGAUCUGGUGAUUCCAGAUUUAACUGGAUCUUCUGCGAACCCUUGGCAUGUGGAGGGAAGGGUUUGGCAAUACAGAGAUGGGACGUUUGGGUUUGGAUUUCUUCGUAACAAUUUCAUUAUAGAUUUGAAGCAUAUUGCUUUAGAUGGCUUUCUUCUUGAUUCAACAGGAUGUUGUUAGAAUUAAUUUCCUCCUGGUUUGGGGUUUGUGAAUACAGAUGACUAACUGAUCAGGCUGGAAUUGUAUGGUACAUGUCAUUGGAAAUAAAUUGUUUAAUACCUAGUAAUAGGCUAUGAAACCCACAAAAUACUUUAGGUAGGAAGGAUAGUUAGUAGGUUCAGUACCAUGUUGUCUAUAUCUGAUUUUUCUCAUGUUUGCAAAAA